AUGGGACGCGAUGAGUUCUCAUGUCUCGUCCUUGAAGAAUUAUACAAGGCCAAUGACGUAUGGAAACAGUUGGUAAUCGCCACAACACCAGACAAACGCAUCGGACGCCGUGGUUCCGUGUUGUCGAUAUCCCCGUUAAAACAGCUUGGAGAGAAGUUCGAACUUCCCGUUUACACCAUACCGCAAGUCAAGAAGGAGUUCAGAUCAUGGGCUCUUCCACCUCCCUUCGAACUUAACCCUGCCGCCCGUAAUGACCCACCUCAAGACCAUCUCCUCAUCACUGCUUCCUUCGGUCGAAUAUUGUCAGAAAGAAUGCUCAGCCUCUUCCAAUAUGGGCGAAGGCUCAAUGUGCACCCUUCUCUGCUUCCCGCCUACCGAGGUCCAGCACCAAUACAGCACAGCAUUCUUGACGACGAGAAGGAGACGGGUGUGUGCGUCAUCGAGAUGUUGAAGAAGAAAGAGGGGAUCGAUGCUGGGUCUUUGUGGGGUUGUGCGAAAAUGGACAUGCCUCUUAAUCCUACAUUCCCUACGUUGCGCGACAUGCUGGCAACAGAAGGCGGAAAACUUCUAGUUUCUGUCUUGCGAGACAUGAUAAACGGCAAGGCUGUCGCCCAAUCCCAAUCUCCGGCAGAAAACGCCCCCAAAGCAUCGUUCAUCCUUCCGGCGGACGCCAUCGUCAACUUCCACACCAUGACCGCAGACGAGAUCUACAGACGAUGGCGUGCAAUCUCCCACCAGACCCCUCUCGUGCUCCCCUUGGCUGAUGGGAAGCCUCUCCAUCUCCUCUCUGUUGACUUGGCCGAGACCUGGGUUCGCAGUGACUACGCAAUCGCGACAGCCCACUUGCCUGUAGGGACUGGGACUGCGAUAUUCGUCAAGAAGCAGAACGCGCUCCUGGUGAGGUGUGCUAAAUGGACGAUUCUGAGUAUCACUGCAGUGAAGCCGGAGAACAAGCCCGCGCGGACUGCGGCCCAGUUCUGGAACGGGCUCCCAGAGGUGAAGGCGGGUGAGAAGGAUGUUGUGCUUGGUGAGCUGACAGGACAGGUGGAGCUGGAUCCUCGGCCGAUCCUUAAACAUCUCUUUGUAUAG